GGACCCCGGCGCCCGCCGAGAAGCGGCCUUCUCCUUGCUGCCCGGCCACGGGCCACGGUGCUGUUGCGAAGGCCGCACGCCGGCCUUGGACCUCAUCCGGUCACGCGUGGAUCCCUUUUCGCUGCCUCCUCGGCCAUCACCCACUCCCUGAGAUUCCUGUGACCGCGGUCCGGGCGGGUGGGAGUCAGGAGAUAAGAUUCUAUUCCAUUCUCGCCACUGAUUGGCUCUGUGACCUUGGGCAGGAAACGUAAUGCCUCCGCUGCUUUAUUUAGAAAGUGGAAAUCGUAUUCACAGUGAUUGUGAGCUCUUUAAGGACAGGAAUUGAGUUUUAUUACUGUUAAACCUUGUUGCCUGUUUCUGGCACAAAACAAUGCACAUAUAGGUACUCUUUUGCAUACCUAAGUUAUUUGGGUCACAAACCCCUUUGAAAAUCUGUUGAAAGCUAUUGAUUACCACCUCUCUGCACGCCCCCACCCGUGUUCAGAUACAUUUAAUAUGGCUUACAGUUUCAGGGGAGCUCUGGUGGCGUACUGGUUAAGUGCUCCGCUGCUAACUGAAAGGUCGGUGGUUCGAACCCACCAGUAUUUCACAGGCCUCGCCUGAAACCCCUCCAUGGACCCCAACCCAAAACCAAACCCACUGCCGUUGAGUCUAUUCCGACUUAUAGCUAUCCUGUAGGACAGAGUAGAACUGCCCCUAGGGGUUUCCAAGGCUGUGAAUCUUUACGAAGCCGACUGCGACAUCUUUCUCCCGCAGAGCGGCUGAUGUAACAGCCGACCUUUCGGUUAGCAGCCCAGCGCUUUAACUAUUGUGCCACCAUGGCUUUUUCCAUGGACCCGAGAGCCUGACAUGUAGGCAGUCAAAUAUUUAUAGUUGUUGAGUAGUAGGUAUUUUUAAAUGUAGAAGUCCUUAUCUACUUCAAAUGAAGGAGGAAGAUGUAUAUCCUGUUAGCACGUUUUAAUCAUGUGUCUGUCAGUGUGCUAAUGUCAUUUAAAUCUCUCAACACUGACGGAAUUAUUAUUUAAUUUCCAUGUUACAGAUAAGGAAGUUGAGGAUUUAGGAGAAUGAACUUGUUAUUGGUCAUUCAACCACUUAGUGAUGGGGGCAAGAAUUCAAACCCAUGUCUCUGAAAGUUCAAAGCCCCAUGUUCUUAAUUGGUAGACAAAAGGACUAGAUGCACAAACGGAUUUGAAUGUGCUCUAGUAGCCUCUGUGUUUGAAUUAGUAACUGUUAUAGUUAUGAGUUUGUCAGUUAUCAACAUAGAUGGCCACAAAUCAAACGUUGCAUGCUGUGAAAAUACUUUAUUUUGUCUCCUGUUCUUCCAUAGUACUUACUAUAUUGCUUGUUCAACAACAUCAUGUUUUACAACCUGCUCUCUGUGCCCAUAUUUAUUCAAUUCUUUUAUCUUUGGUGAAUGCUUAAUCAGGUGUGUUGGCUGAAUAUGACUAUAUCAAUUAUGUUACUUUGUUCUGCCUGCCCUCCAAAACAGGUGUAGUUGAUACGAGGUGAUUAGGCUUUUAUUUCUUUUCUGUACUGCUUUUUAAGGGACUGUAUUAGGGAUCUUGGAAGUGCUCCAGCAUGUCUGACGUUCAAGAAGCCACUAACCAACUCUUGGAUGUGAACCUGUUUGAGAACCAGAGGUUUGUAAAAGUGACAGAAAGUGGCCACAGAAGUGAGUCUGAGCAUCUCGAAGUCACUGUUGGAGCCACUGUACCUACUGGCUUUGAGCAAACAGCUGCGGAUGAAGUUAGAGAGAAACUGGGGUCAUCAUGCAAAAUCAGCAAAGACCGGGGCAAGAUAUAUUUUGACAUUUCAGUGGAGAGUCUCGCUAAGGUUCAUUGUUUGAGGUCAGUUGACAACUUAUUUGUAGUUGUUCAGGAGUUUAAGGAUUACCAAUUCAAAGAAACAAAGGAAGAAGUUCUAAAGGAUUUUGAAGACUUGGCUGGGAAGCUCCCGUGGACAGACCCUUUAAAAGUGUGGAAAAUUAACACCAGUUUCAAGAAAAAAAAAGCAAAGCGCAAAAAAGUAAAUCAGAAUUCAAGUAAAGGGAAGAUUAAUAAUGGACAAGGAGAGAAAAUAGAUGAGAGAGAUGUUAAAAAAGAGUUCACUAGCAAUGCCGUAGAGCCACAUAUCCUAGACUAUUAUGAAAAUCCUGCCAUUAAAGAGGAGAUAUCAACAUUAGUAGGCGAUGAUUUGGCAUCUUCCAAAGAAGAGGAGACUGAUGAAAGCUCAAAAGAAGAAACUGACCAUCGAGUGCUAAAGUUUAGAGUCACAUGCAAUAGGGCAGGGGAGAAACAUUGCUUUACAUCAAAUGAGGCCGCAAGAGAUUUUGGGGGUGCUGUUCAAGAUUAUUUUAAGUGGAAGGCUGACAUGACCAACUUUGAUGUGGAGGUUCUUUUGAAUAUCCAUGAUAAUGAAAUAGUUGUGGGCAUUGCACUGACAGAAGAGAGUCUCCAUCGAAGAAAUAUCACACAUUUUGGACCCACAACUCUUAGAUCUACUCUUGCCUAUGGGAUGCUCAGGCUCUGUGCUCCUCAGCCUUCUGAUAUAAUAGUUGAUCCAAUGUGUGGAACAGGGGCAAUACCAAUAGAGGGGGCUACUGAGUGGUCUAACUGUUAUCAUAUUGCUGGUGACAAUAAUCCAUUGGCUGUGAAUAGAGCAGCAAAUAACAUCUUAUCUUUAUUGACCAAGAACCAAAUUCAAGAAAGCAAAUCCUGGGGCCUACCUAUAGAUGCUGUUCAGUGGGAUAUCUGCAGUUUGCCUUUAAGAACUGGCUCUGUGGAUAUCAUUGUAACAGACAUGCCAUUUGGAAAAAGGAUGGGCUCCAAGAAGAGAAACUGGAACCUUUAUCCAGCUUGUCUACAGGAGAUGAGCCGCGUCUGUAGACCUGGGACAGGCCGAGCUGUACUACUUACCCAGGACAAGAAAUGCUUUACCAAGGCAUUAUCCAGAAUGGGACACAUGUGGCGGAAGGUGCAUACUGUCUGGGUGAACAUAGGGGGUCUUCAUGCUGCAGUUUACCUUCUGAAGCGUACCUCUCAGGGUUUUGUUCACCCUUCAGAACAAGACGAAGAGAAAGGAACCCCUUGGUAAUGCAAAGAAUGAAGAUGACUAAUAGUAGUUGUAUUUCCCAACACUGGAAAUGUAAGCAUGAAGAACUGGAGAUAAAAAUAGUAUUUACAAAAGUGCAGUUUGCACUGAAUUUAAACUGGUCUAAAGUUUUUCACCUUGCUUAUUACAAGAUGUACAUGUAAUGUGAUGGAAUUGAAAAAAAGUCUUGAGAAAGUAGAGCAUUUCUUUAGAGCUGUUUUGAAGGGGCAGCUGAGCAAUCAGUUAUUUUUCUUAAAAUGCUUUAAAGAUGCUUAGUGAAAAACCUACUAAAAUGCUCUGGGAUUUGGGUUUAGAACAGUUUUCAAGCUUUGCAGCAGUUCCUGUUUACAUGGUGGCGGGUGGAAAGCCACCUUGGCCUAAAGGAAAGGCAGAGCGUCUUGGGUCACGUCCGUGCUGAUGAAGCUUUGCUUUUCACUUGCUUAAUUUCUCAUUACCUCAGCCUCAAACAAUGAACUGUUAUUACACUUUGUGACCAGUGUUUGCCCCACAACAAGAUGAAAUCAUAAGACCUGUAGGCAACUUUACUAUCUGCCUUAAAAAUUAAAAUAUGCAUGUUAUUCAGAUUAAUACAUACAACUAAAAUAGUACAAGGAUUUAUCAAGGAGAUGCAAAGAUACUGGGCUGUUAAGUAUGGAACAUUUCUUUUUGUAAAUAGUAGCAAAUAUCUAUAUAUAUGUAAAGAUGAGGUGUGGGACCAACAAGCCAAAUUAAAAUAAAUUUUAUUUUUCCUUCAGUA